AUGGCGAGGAAGAAGUUGAACUUGAACUAUAUCGCCAAGGACUCCAUUAGGCGAAUGACAUUCAAGAAAAGAAAGAGGGGAUUGCUGAAGAAUGCUUAUGAGCUCAGCACCCUCUGCGAUGUAACCAUGUGUGUCAUUGUCUAUGGACAGAAUAAGAACAAACCGAAGAUAUGGCCACAGAAGCGCUCGCAAGUCUUACAAAUCAUUGACAAGUUCAAGGAGUUGCCUGAGACUGAGAAAAUCAAAAACAUGUUGAAUCAAGAGAGCUUUCUCAGGCAAAGAGUAUCCAAGUCCGCCAAGGAGCUCGCUGAGCUAUCCAAGGAGAACAAGGAGGUGGACUUGAGACAUACAUUAUUGGAUGGCAUGGCCAAGAGGAGCAUUCUGAUUGGUGCCGGCAUCGAGGAGGUUCGCGCCUUAGCAAGCAUGGUGGAGGCCAAGUACUCCAUGGUGAAAGCAAGGUAUGAGCUAUUGAAGCCUCAGCCUUUGGAAAGACCACCACCAUCUACAGUGUUGGCUCCGUUGUCAAUGCCGACGAAUGCGAUGGCAGAAUGGGAUCAGUCGAGACUGACAUUUACGAUUCCAAUGCAAGGAGAGCAGUCCGUUGAAGAUCUCCUAAACUCUAUCGACUGCUAUCCUAUGGAGUGGCUAUAUGCUGAUCCCAACCAAUUGAACAACCCUCAUGACUCUCUGGGAUGA